AUGGAGUGUGAAGACAGCAGUUUUGAGGCUCAAAGAAGGGGAGACCAUCAACUUAAUGAAUCCUCCAUCAAUUGCAAAAGAAUUCACUGAAUGAAGGAUACAGGACACUGAUUGACUGCAUCUACUCAUCAUAAAAUCAAGGAGAAUCACCAACCAUGGAACCAGAUGAAGACCAAUAUUCCCUCCUCUUAAAACUUCUCAGUAUGAAUGAGACAUAUGACCCAAGCUAUGUUGUUAGUGAAAGUGUCAAACUCUGCAGGAAAUCAUCUGUCAACGAUUUUGGCUCAAAAUUCAACCCAGCUUUUUGCUAUGUCAAUUUCCUGCUGAGUUACUUUGGUAAUGGGCUUGUCCUAUACAUCAUUUACAAGUAUGAGAAGCUCAAGACAGUGACAAAUAUUUUUCUGCUCAAUCUGGUCCUCUCCAACAUCCUUUUUGCCACCAGUCUCCCAUUUUGGGCAACAUAUCAUCUGUCAGAGUGGAUUUUUGGUAAUGUUUUGUGUAAAUUGGUCAGCAGCGCGUAUUUCAUCGGUUUUUACAGCUCCAUCCUUUUCCUCACACUUAUGACAUUCGAUCGAUAUCUUGCAGUAGUGCAUGCAGUGGUAGCUGCCAAGAGCAGAAAAACGAGCUAUGCCAUUAUUUCCUCUGCAGUGAUUUGGUGCAUAAGUAUCAUAGCCAGUGUGAAAGAGCUGGUUUUCCAGAAUGUUUGGAAGAGUCCUUUCAAUGGGCUUGUGUGUGAGGAAUCAGGAUACCCUGACAGCACCAUGGCUUUUUGGCGUCUGGUCACUUACUAUCAACAAUUCCUGGUUUUCUUCCUCUUACCUUUGCUCAUGGUGAUCUACUGCUACAUCAGCAUCACCCUCCGCAUCCUAUCCACACGAAUGAAGGAGAAAUGUCGUGCCAUCAAGCUCAUAUUUGUUAUCAUCUUUACCUUCUUCAUCUGCUGGACCCCCUACAACGUGGUCAUCCUCCUUCGAGCCAUACAGAGUUCCAGUCCAGAAGUUGAAUGCGCUGACUCAGACAGGCUGGACUUUGCACUGUUUGUAACCCAGAAUAUAGCCUAUCUCUAUUGUUGCAUUAGUCCAGUGUUUUACACAUUUGUGGGUAAAAAGUUCCAGAGCCACUUUAAAAGGCUGCUUGCUAAGAAAAUCCCAUGUCUGAGGAGACACAUAAGUCUCAGCAGCCAGAGCACAAGAACCACAUCACAGAAGACACCACAUUCUGAUUAUGAGUACUAGUUAUCCCCACAAAUGAUACAUUCAAAUAAAAAUUUGAUGGGAACAAAUAUAAGCAAUGAACAUUUCAGAACAAAAUAAAAAUGUAGCUUCUGAUGUUGUGUGCUUUUACUGAUUUUCUUUUUAAUGGUUUCUUUAUGCCUUUUGUAACUUGUUUAUCAUUAUAUGAUAUUGUACUACAGUAAGCAAUGACAGGAAGUGAAAGCACUGUAGUUAUUGUCAUUUUAAAGCAUGUUGGCUUGAAUAUUUAGGCCCUCAUCUAGAUAAUCAUGUUUAAGGUUGGGAUUAUUGAAAGAAAAUUAAGCAUUGGUUUGUGUGUGUGUCGUUUAAAGUACUUUGCCUCUGAUAAAAUACAGUAUAU